AUGCUAGCCCGAGGGCUGAGGUACCUUUCUCUGAGAAGUUCACAUUCAAACAUACAGAAGCCGCUGGAUGCUGCAGCAACUAGUGUUGUACCGGGAUCCAAAGAGGCAUGGGAUCGUCGUCUGAAAUUGAGGAAGCCGAAACUACAAAGAGAUGAGAUAUUAUCCGCUAAGGUGUAUUACGCUCCUGAAUGGGAGCUAGACAAGAAGUCCAAUAAAGACGCUGGUUUCCCUGAUCCUUUGAAGAAUUACGGUAUGAACCCGGAAAAAUGGGAAUACUACAACAAGGUCGUAUGGCCACCCAAUUACAUCGUUCCUGAGACUGGAUUACCGAAACUGAGAGAGGUCUUCCAUUGCAGGGAAUCGAUACACUUUUCGCCAAAGCGGAUGUGGCAAGCCUGUCAACUUGUAUGGCGAACCAAUGUUGAUGAAGCAAUAACGCAGUUGAAUUUCCAGCAAAUAAAGAGUUGCAAGAUUCUUGCUGAAGUGUUGAGCGAAGCCAAAGAACGAGCGGAGAAAGAGUUUCACAUUGAAUAUCCGUCGGAGAUGUACGUUGCGGACGCGUUUCCUAUCCAGUGCAAUAUUAUCAAAGGCGAUCGAAUUCUAGGAGCUCGAAGGCAUGCUCAUGAGAAUUGGUGCACCAUACGUUACCGAUACAUAAAUGUGUUUGUACGACUUGAGGAGGGUGAUCCCCCACCGUUCCGGACAAGGGAGAAGUUGAAAAACGGUUGGGAACACAUGGAAGCUUACUAUAAGUAUCUCAGGUCACGGAGUAAAAAAUAUAAUUGUGAAUUCCAUGGUGUUUCUGCGCCACUGUAUCGAACAUAUGUGCGGAAGUUUGUGCAUGCUGCACGUGGCUGCUUACAGAUGGUUAAUGUCAAGAAGGGUGUGUUAGUCACAUGUGAUCCAGCGAUGAGGCAACUUCUCAUGCAUCUCGAUGAAUCGAGAACUCUUGGGAGCAAGUUCAUUGUUAAGGUUUGUGCUGAAUCCGAGCUAUAGUU